CGAUACUAUUUUUAGCAACCCUACAAGCAGCGAUACAAACUCACAUAAAUAGCAACUAUGAUCUGCCAUUUUGGUCAAAGACUCCGUCGUAAUCACAUUGUUUUGUUCUUAAAUUCUUUCACGAGUCCCUGAUUUCACAACUUUUUACAAGAUGGUUAGGGAGAACAAAGCAGCAUGGAAGGCUCAAUACUUCAUUAAAGUUGUCGAACUCUUCGAUGAAUAUCCUAAAUGUUUCAUAGUAGGCGCUGACAAUGUAGGAUCAAAGCAAAUGCAGAAUAUUCGUACCAGUUUGCGUGGCUUGGGUAUCGUACUCAUGGGUAAAAAUACCAUGAUGAGAAAAGCUAUCCGUGGUCAUUUAGAAAACAAUGCCAACUUGGAAAAAUUAUUACCUCAUAUCAAGGGAAACGUUGGCUUUGUUUUCACGAAAGGCGAUUUGGCAGAAGUACGCGAUAAGCUUUUGGAAUCAAAAGUGCGCGCACCUGCACGUGCUGGUGCAAUUGCUCCAUUGCCAGUUAUUAUUCCAGCUCAAAACACUGGUUUAGGUCCAGAAAAAACAUCUUUCUUCCAGGCUCUAUCCAUCCCUACCAAGAUUUCAAAGGGUACAAUUGAAAUCAUCAAUGAUGUGCCAAUUCUUAAGCCUGGCGACAAAGUUGGUGCUUCUGAAGCAACUUUACUUAACAUGUUGAAUAUAUCUCCAUUUUCAUAUGGUUUGAUUAUCAAUCAAGUUUAUGAUUCAGGUUCAAUCUUUUCACCUGAGAUUUUGGAUAUCAAACCAGAAGAUUUGCGUGAGAAAUUCCAAGCUGGAGUUGCAAAUUUGGCUGCUGUAUGUUUGCAAAUUGGAUAUCCAACCAUUGCUUCUGCACCACACAGCAUUGCAAAUGGAUUCAAAAAUCUAUUGGCCAUCGCAGCUACAACCGAGGUUGAAUUCAAGGAAGCUACCACAAUUAAAGAAUACAUUAAAGAUCCCAGCAAAUUUGCUGCAGCUGCUGUUUCUGCUCCUGAUACUGCUUCUGCUGGUGCCGCUGAAAAGAAGGAAGAAGCCAAGAAAGAAGAAUCAGAAGAGUCCGAAGAUGAAGAUCUGGGUUUCAGUCUCUUCGAUUAAGUUAAUGAGUAACAUCAUACUCAACGAUCUAAGCAAUUGUUAUUAUCUUUCGCUUUAGUUUACAAGUUAAUAUUCGCACUGUAAAUUUAUGUAUUUCAAUGACAAAUUUUUGUCGUGGUCUGACACACCCAAUGUCAAGUUGUCACGAAAUUACAUAAUUUUGAAUUACUUUUAAUUAGUAAUUUUACGAAAGAAUAAAUACGCAAUUCAAAAUACAA